CUCUUUAUUCCCUCUUUGUCCCAACUAUUAGGGUUUCUACAUUUUUCUUCAAUGGCUUCUGCAGAUGUUGAGUACAGAUGCUUUGUUGGUGGGCUCGCAUGGGCCACCGACAACGAUGCUCUCGAGAAAGCCUUCUCUCCCUAUGGCGAGAUCGUUGAAUCGAAGAUCAUUAACGAUCGCGAGACUGGAAGGUCAAGAGGUUUCGGAUUCGUGACUUUCGCCUCUGAGCAGGCGAUGAGGGAUGCGAUCGAUGGGAUGAACGGCCAGAACCUCGACGGCCGUAACAUCACUGUGAACGAAGCUCAGUCCCGUGGCGGCGGCGGCGGCGGAGGUUUUGGAGGCGGAGGUGGUGGUGGAUACAGCCGCGGAGGCGGUGGUGGUGGAUAUGGUGGAGGCGGUGGUCGUCGUGAGGGUGGCUACAACCGAAACGGCGGCAGUGGAGGCUACGGAAGUGGUGGCGGCGGCGGCGGUUAUGGUGGAGGCAGAGACCGUGGCUAUGGUGAUGGUGGAUCCCGCUACUCUCGUGGCGGCGGCGGUGAUGGUGGAAGCUGGAGGAGUUAGAGUUAGGUUGUGGGUUGGGGUUUAUGGUUGGUUAUGUUCAGUUGUUCUAUUAGAUGUUCGAGUGUACUGGUACUGGUACUGGUUUAAGUUUGGUUAUCUGCAAUGGUUUCGUGUUCCUGUGGUUUCUUGUUUUUUGACCUCUGAAUCUGGUUGUUCAUAAACGAUCGAUUGAAAGGAUAUUCAGAAAUUUAAGAGCAUUAUAUUUCUACA